AGAUUAAAUAGAUGUAUGCUAGCUGCUGCUGCUGCUAACUACCGAAGACAGCAGGUGCCCAGUGGUGCCUUGUCUUGUCCUGAAACAACCGCAUGGAUCACAAUGAAAACCGUGGGACACUCAGUCCAAACAACGAUGUGGGAGAACCUGAACUGUGUCUGUCCAGCGCCCCCUGUCAAACGGAAAGUGGAGGUACCAUCUUGCUACAGCUGUUUGAAUUUAAAACCCAUCUUCUGGAGGCUGUAGAGGAGCUGCAUAUCAGGAAGGAUGCUGAGACACGCUUUGAAGAUCAGAUCAGUAAACUGGUUUUGGAGAAACAAGAGCUGGAGUGGGAGAAGGAAGCUCUUCAACAUCAGCUUGAAAGAGCUGUGAACCAGCACUCCGAGUCACUCACCAGCGUUAAGAAGCAGUUUCAGGCCCAAAUCAGAAACAUCGAGGAGGAGAAGGGGAAGUACCAGGUCAGUGCUGAGUUGAAGGACAAGGAAAUUAACAACUUAAAAGAAGAGCUGAGGUCGUUGCAGUUGCUGAAGUACAACUUGGAGAAGAAAUCAAACGAGCUGGAACAGAAAUUGGCCUUGCAGAGCAGGUCAAAGGACAGUCACUUGAACCAGCUGGGGGAAGUGGAGAAGCGAUUUGGGGCUCUGUCGAGGCAUUGCGCCGUGGUCAAACAGGCACAUGAGAAACUGGAGCAAAAUGUUGAUGAGGCCAUGAGGCUCAAUAACAAACUGACUUCUGCAAAUAAAAAACAAGAGGCCACCAUUGUUUUCAUGACAAAGGAAUUGGACGAAGUGAAUAACAAGCUAAUCAAAGUCCAGGUGAUGUCGGUCCGACAUGACAGGUCUCACAGUCACACAGCUCAAAAGCAGGAAAUGCAAAAGCUGCUUCAAAAACUGAACAUGGAAACUGAAAUGAACAAGAAACUCCAGGUGGAGAAUGUAGCUGUGCGAGCAGAGAAGCAGGAGGUGAUGAAAUCUCUGCACCAAACCCAGGAGCUGCUGUUGAGUCAGACACAAACAAUAAGCAGAGUCGAGCUUGAGCUGCAGACACAAAGAGAGCAGUGCCAGGCCCUUAAGCAGGAACAUGAAGUGAUGCGAGACAAACGCAAGGCAGCGGAAGAUAAGGUGGCCCAACUGAUGGAGAGCUACGCUGCCUCAAAGACGAGCUGGCACAAAGAGAAGAAAACGCUGCUUGAUUCUACCAAGAGUGAACAGCAAGACCUUCAGUCACUGAAAGAAGCUUAUCAUGUGCUUUAUCAGAAACACUCUGAACUGUCCUUUCUGGCCAAGGCACAGGCACAACAUAUAUCUGAAUUAGAGGUCUCCCCUCUUAAUGAACUCACCUCCAGCUCUCACUUGACCUCUCAGAGAAAAAACUCAGACAGGUCUGAAGACACAGGAGCUGUGACCAAGCUUGUUGGAGCAACUGGAGGACAAGAAGUCCUAAAGCAGCAACCACAGUCUGGAUUCAAACAGUCCCUGAACACCUCACACCUGUUCACCUGCUCACUUAUCACCAGCAGUGAGAUCGAUCCUGCUGCACUGUCAGAUUUGACUCAUACCACUUCCUCUGUGUCUGACUAUGAUCAAAUCAUUGGCAAAGGCUGCUCUGCUGCAUCUGUGCCAAACCCUGACCACAGUUUAAUCACAGAGACUGCAGGUUUAAAAAACACAAAUGAUGAUGACGAGAGCAUUGGGAUGAAUGAGAAAAAAUGUGGAGGAAAGGAUGAUGAGGGACAACAAAAGAGCAACAGAGAAGAAGAGGAAAGGAGUGAAAAAGAGGAUGUAAACCAGGAAAGAAGUGCUGAAGAGAAGAGAGGAACAGUCAUGACCCAGAAAAGUGGUACAGUAGACAGACGGGAGGACGGCCAGGGUUCAGCAGAGGAUGCUGGGAACACCAGAAACCCUGAAAGUGAGACAAGAGAUAGAGGAGUGGGACAAGGGACAGAAGGAGCAAAGGAGAGAGGACAGAAACUAGCGCACACACUGGAAACACUGAUACUGACCCAGACAACUACAGAGAAGAGCAACACACUUCAGGUCACUGACUUCAUGGACACUGAGCCUUCACUGGCUGUGUGUGAGCCUUUAGACUGUUCACAAAGUCUCUGUGAGCUGGAUGCUGUCUCCAGCCAUGUGACCAAAGCAUGUGGUACUCGGAGAGAAGAACAGUCACUCAGUUUUGGUGACAGCAUCAGUCAUGGGCCUGAUCCUGUCUUUCAAGAGCAAAAUCUCUGUCCUGGUGAGGUCCAAACUCAUUUGCAAAGCCAAAUUCAUCACAUUUCUGAGAAAACCACAAGGGAAACACCAGCAGAUAAAUCAGCUGAACUUUCAGAACCUCUUAGUCAAGCCAUGGUUUGUAGUGCACAGACAAAUUCUGCACCAGUAAUUACUCAAAGAGCGUUUAUUGUCACUAUCCAAGAAUCAGAGACAACUACAGGCCAAACAAUAGAGAGCGAUAAACCUUCUGAUAUUACCAUCAACGUGAAGCAGUCAGACGACGUGUGUCAUAAAUAUGUGAGUGAAGACAGUGUUUCAGCCAAACUCACGGUAGAACCGCAAACAUGUCCUCAAAGUCAGGAAGUCUCAGAGCAAGAGAGCAAACGACUCAAGCUUCUGGCAACUAAUGAUGAUGAUGAUGAUGAUUCUAGUGUGAAGAGGGAGCAUCACUCAAAUGUGGUCACACAAGAGAACUGCGACCGUGAUGCCGUCCAAGAACCUGUAGAAGAAUGUGCUGUGACGGAUGUCUCUGUUGAUAUCACAAUGGACGUUGAGGACACGGAACCUGAGGCGGAGUCUGGCAGUGUUCAGGACGAUAUGAAAAAGGACAAAACAGCAGACAUGGGAGAGACAAAGGAAUCUAAAAGUGACACUGAUAUGAAACUGUCCGUCGCCUCAACUGGACCCAGGUCGUCGUUUGAUUUGAUCCCAGUCCUGCAUCAGUUUGCUCAGGGAUCUGAGCAGAACAAGAGUGGGUCUGGUGGAAGCCUCAGACAUCCUCCCAGCAGAAUACUCAUGUUCCCCAGAAGCAGGCAGAGCAAAGUCCCCUUGGUAAUUACCAGAGCGUCGGAUCUGUUGAAUGCCUCCAGUGUCUCUGGGAAUGUGGCUUCCUCCACAAGACACCAGCAGGGAGAGUGGAAGGCUUUGGGAGAGACGUUCAGAGAGACGAGAGCAGCAGAUACGGAGAACAGAGCUGCUUUGACUUCUUUCCCAGUCUCUGCCUCCAGCAGCACAGUCAGUGGACAGACGUGGCUGACCACUCCAGGGUGCAGCAGAGCUCCUGGGUCGACAGUGGCCCCACUUUCAGACUGUGACUGGGAAACGUCCUGCUCUCAGGAGAGAGAGGAGCAGCAAUCAUCAUUCAGAGCUCAGAUUUACAAAAUCGAACAGUUUCUCAUCGCCGAGAGACUCCGACAGCCCAAACGACGAAAAACUGAGUGAACUGCAUCUACGGUCUGAGGCAACUCACACUUACAGAUCUACAAUUUAACUUUAACAUCAUUUAUAUAGAUCGAGUACAUGUUCCUUUCAACCAUAUAGAUUAUUCAUGUAUUUGAUUUGCAAAUGUCUUUUUUGCAAAAUUGCCUGUUGGCAUUACUGUUCAAACAAACGUGUACAUAACAUUUUGUACACAAAAAGUUUCAGGAAUUAUUUGCCUGGAUGUUAAUAUACAUUUGUGUUGUUAUAUUUACUAUAUUUUAUACAUUCAUUGUUGAAAUUUAUGCAUUCUCAUAUACUCAUUAUACAUAUAUACAUACAUACAAGUGCGAUCCCUGUCCAUCCGCUGCUCAAAGUCAGACAAACAAACACAGUUAAAAACAUAAACUAUUUUAUUACUGAUAAACUUGUGAUGUUUUCCAACUCUGACUUCACUUUUACACCCACCCCAAAACUGUUUUACAAAAGAAGAUUUCACACCUAAUUUGUGAUUUGUAGCUAAUUAUUUCGUGGGUCCCACUGAGAACUCACAUUUAUGUGGGGGUUUAUUGUUUGGAUGCAGCGAUUUAUUGACUUGUACACUGGUAUUGGUUGAUAUUCACCUUUUUGACUGUUAGCAAUUUAAAUAAUUAGUUGAAUAAAUGAGCACAAAUUGACCUAAAACUGUUAUAUUGAAGGUCAUUGCAUAAAUGUGUAUAUGUUAAUUCAAAAAUAGGCUGAGAGUGUGAAGCACUAAAAAUUCAUCAAUACAACAUCAAUACAAUCACAAACUUUACAAUCAGUGCACCAUUAAUUCAUUAGGGUCAUGUAUUCAUAGCACGUCAUGCAUUUCACAGACACAAGCCAAACAAAUAAACAGUGAAUGCCAGUCGCUGAGGCCUGUAACUGUUAACAUGCUAAUUAACAUUAAUUAGCUUCAGGGCUAAUCAGGGUUGCAUGUCUCAGAGGAACUCUUUAAUUGUGAGGCACCUUUGGUCGACACCAUGUUGUUGUUGUUGGGGCAAUUACAACUUGGGACACAACUGGUAAAAAAAUCCGUUAACCCCCUAUUAACAUAAAUUAAGAGAUAACAAUUAGUGCAAACUUGUUAACCCUAAUUAACAAAGAAUCAUUAAGGGAGCACACAUUCCAAUUAACAUGUUCUAACAAGCCUCUCGUUAACUUUAUGUUCCCUCUGUGUACGACAGUGAGCAGCAUUUAACAGCCAACCACUGAUACUCAGAUCCUCAUUACUUUGCCUGCUGCAUGUGGAAUUCACAUGUCCGGUGAUUUAAUGUCCUGUACAAGAACAGGAUGGUAAAAUAGAGCUUUCUUCUCUAAGACAGAGCUUGAAUUACAGUUUUUCCUUAGUUGCUUUGGUUUAUCUCUAAAAUCACCUUAAUAUUUGCUAGGCAGUGAGGGGAGUGUACCUGUAAAAGUGCAUCACUUGCUUAAAAAUCCACAUUUUAACUCUCAAAAGUAAGAUGUUUGACUAAAUGAAAAUAUCAGCGUCACCAGAAAGACAAGUCACUGAGACCAAAUGUUUAGUCACUGAAAAGUAAAAGGUAUAGCUAUAUACUAUGUGGUUAAGUUCUUUAAGCAAGAGAUUGCCCAUGGUCCACAUUUACAUUUUACAUGUAACUUUGACAUUUCAUUUGUAAAGAAAUGUUUAAAGUCAUAUUGAAGUUCAUAUUUAUCCAACUGCUCUUAAUGAAAAAUGGAAAACGUAGCUGUGUGAGAUAAUUUAUAAUAUAAAU